AAAAGUCCCUUAUGUUUGUUUAGGGAUAGUUACACGUCUUCAAUCGCCAUUGAAAUGGCCGCUUUAGGAGUGUCCAAUAAUAGGUAAUCUAAUUCAGAUUGUCCAUACCGACAAUUUAAAAGGCAUAAUGUCGCAUGUCGCAUAAUGAUACACUUACGUGAUCAAAUCAGUUGUAAAAUCGAUUGAUAUUGAGUUCACUCGAUACAGUAAUUUAGCAGCAAUGGCAUGAUAUGUUAAUUGGCGUGCAGGAAUGCACUUUUCGCUUUCAACAGGUUGAAUUUGUACUUAUUAGUCAAUCCCUAUCUACAAUAUUGUGAUUUUAGCGUGAUUUCCUGUUUUAAUUUCUGACGUAAUAUUGAAAUGAUGCAUUCAAUAAUCUCGGAAUAUUUAAUAAGCAGUUUGAAACACAAUCAUCGAGUGCGUACAUUGAUUCAGCAUAUUGAGCAUAGACUUGUGAUCAAAUGAAGACUAAAAAAAUCAGUCAACCAUUGGCGUUACUGAUAGUUGUAAUAUUAUUCUUAGUAAAAUAUGUCGCAGAAGUCUGAAUUUAAGUAAUGAAUUUUAGGGCUUUAUGAUUAUAAUUUUUAGAUUGGGUGCAGAUUAUAGAUUUUAAAUAAAUUUGUUUACGAAAAUAUGAUCAUUACAAUGUAUCAUAAUCUGGUUAAUGAAUUGAAAUCUGCGAACACAAUUGAGUAUUUGUAGCUCAUGAAGCAUGAGAUAUAGUGACAAUUAUAAUCAUAUAAUUGUAGAAUAUGCUUCCACUUUGGAUGACAAUUCGGGUUGUCCCAGCAUGCUUAUAAAUAAAAUACAAAAUCGAAAACACACGAUUUUAAAAUCCGACAUCUGUCUGAACAAUAAAAUUUGGUGUACAUUUACAUAUAUACAUUAGAGCGAUAUACUAUAUACACUGAAGUUUCGUUAUUAUGAGAUAUAGUUGAAAUAGUUAUAAAAAGUAGUAUGUUAAAUACAACAACGAUUCCUGGAAACAACAUAACAGCGCCCACAAAUAAAACUGAGUAUAAUUUCACAACUUCUCUCAUUGGAUGCCAAGUAGCCAACUUAUUUCUGCUGCUAACGUCUAUCUGGAUUUUGAUAUCUCUGAUUUUAUAUGGAACACGGAAUAAGAAAUGGAGAAAAAAACCAGGAACAUCUACUUUGAACAGUGGGCUCAUAUAUAAAGCCUGUGUUAUGUCUGUAGCUUUACUGAUACCAAGAUAUUUAUUUAACGCAGUCAUUUUCCAACUCCCGUCAAUGGAAAAGGGUUUACUAUAUUGCGAACGCAUCACAGAUAUUUCAAUUGCCGUUCGGCUUAUUUCUCGCUGCGCCAUUUACGUUUUUCUUUGGUUACGUCAGAGAAUCUUGUACGAGCAUCCUUCAACAAGACGAUUUGCAGGAAAAUACGUCAAUUUUAUCAGUUGGACAUCACUUCUUGUCAUCAUCUCAACAUUUGGAGGACUCUUUUGGGCUUCAAUUUUUCCGUCCAACUACGAGGCAUCUCCUUACGGUUGUGUGAGAAACCCAGACUCAUCUUCUAAUGGAACUGCGGGUUAUAUUCUGGGCACCGGAUUGAUUUUGGCACAGUUACUACUACUUGGUUUAUUUAUUUACCCAAUGGUGCGUGGUAGGGUAGCCUUACAGAAUACUUGUAAGAAUGCGAAUGGUAUAAAACAGCAAAAGCAUAUCAGGAAUGUCUUUUGUUGUUUUCAAGAUCAUGAAACGAAGUCCUCCGAUUCUGUCGUGAUUAUGAUUCGUCGUUCAGUGUUAUGUACAAUCAUAGCAGCUCUAUCCGACUUUGGAUCGGCCGUCAUUAAAGUUUUCAUCUCUUCAGAUACCGUUCCCCAUUCCAUAAUGACCACUAUUUACAGCACCAGUACUUUGAUCAAUAUUUUUUGUGCCAUCUCUACAUUUGAAAUGUAUGUGUCUAUUCUCAAAACACCAUGUACAAUGUUUUGUGAGGCCGAAGAAAAUGAAGAAGGAAAGAAAGACGGAAAAUGUCCCAAUGAAAGUGAUUCUGUAUCGCCCUCCCUAGGAACUACUAGCAUGACUUUGUAAUUGCGUUGUUGACAUAUAUUUGUCGAAAGAAGGACUAAUAAAAAAAUAUGUUGACAGGACCGCUGGUUGAGUAAGCAUUAUUUUCCAAAAAAGCUGACGAACUGUUUUCUAUCUUGUCCUGAUUAAAAAUUAGGUUGUGUAUAGUCAUUCUUGAGGAUAUUUCAACUUGAUAUGUUACUUUUUCCGCAUUCUUUCAUUAUAUAUACUUCGCAUUUGUGUUAGUUGGAAGAUAAUGUAGUACAUUUUUACGUUUCUUACACUUGUAUCUUUGAGUUUGAAUCAAUUAUAUAUAUGUGAUCCUUUUAUGUUUUAAUUCAAUAUCCAGUAGUAAUAAAUUUGCAUUUCAACACAUUAGAAGUUGUCUGGCUAACAAUGAAGACAAGUGAGUGUCAUUCAACUAGCUUGGUUAUGAUCACGUCCCUUGUUUAUUUACCCCUCCCAUUUCAUAAAUAUAUUUGUACAACAUGAUUCAUACGUCAUUUCUGUUACACGCAAAUAUGAUUGG